AACCUCAAAGUUUCAGACAUCCUCACCACCGCCUCCAUUUUCACUCUUUCUCUCUCUACAUUUCUCAAACUAGGUUAAGCCAUAACCAUGACUGAAAUCGAAUUCUCUCAUUCAGAGAAAAAGAAGAAAAACAAAGCCAAGGAAGAUCCUACUACUGAACAAGAUGUAGCCGCAACCGAUUUCUUCAUCAAGCCACAGACCGCCGUCCCAGCGACUGAUUACUCACAAUGGCCGAUUCUUCUCAAGAACUACGACAAGCUCAACGUCCGAACCGGUCACUACACACCCAUUCCUUGCGGAUACAGUCCUCUGAAGCGUCCUCUCGCUGAAUAUAUCAGGUAUGGUGUUCUAAAUCUCGAUAAACCUUCAAACCCAUCUUCCCAUGAGGUUGUUGCUUGGAUUAAACGUAUCCUUAGAGUUGAAAAGACUGGUCAUUCCGGUACUCUUGACCCUAAGGUCACUGGUAAUCUCAUUGUCUGCAUUGACCGGGCAACUCGCCUGGUUAAAUCGCAGCAGGGGGCUGGAAAAGAGUACGUUUGUGUUGCUCGUCUUCACUCUGCUGUCACAGAUGUUGCUAAGGUUGCUAGGGCGUUGGAAGCUCUUACUGGAGCUGUUUUCCAACGUCCUCCUUUGAUUUCAGCUGUUAAGAGACAACUCAGGAUUAGAACUAUUUACGAAAGUAAGCUUCUUGAGUUUGAUGCUGAAAAACAUUUGGUUGUUUUUUGGAUAUCAUGUGAAGCUGGAACCUAUGUUAGAACAAUGUGUGUUCACUUAGGAUUGUUGUUGGGAGUUGGUGGACAUAUGCAGGAGCUUCGUCGUGUUCGUUCCGGUAUUUCUGGUGAGAAAGAUAAUAUGGUAACGAUGCAUGAUGUGAUGGAUGCACAAUGGAUGUAUGAUAAUUACAGAGAUGAGACUUAUCUAAGGAGGGUUAUUAUGCCUCUUGAGGUUCUGUUGACGAGUUACAAGAGAUUGAUUGUUAAGGAUUCGACUGUGAAUGCUAUCUGUUAUGGUGCUAAGCUGAUGAUUCCUGGGCUUUUGAGGUUUGAGAAUGAGAUUGAUGUUGGUGAAGAGGUGGUUCUGAUGACUACUAAAGGAGAAGCGAUUGCUUUGGGUAUUGCUGAGAUGACUACUUCUGUGAUGGCUACUUGUGACCAUGGAGUUGUUGCUAAGAUCAAGAGGGUUGUGAUGGAUAGAGAUACUUACCCUAGAAAAUGGGGACUUGGGCCUAGAGCUUCGAUGAAGAAGAAGCUGGUUGCGGAAGGAAAGUUGGAUAAACGUGGGAAGCCAAACGAGAGUACUCCUGCUGAGUGGCUUAGGAAUGUGACUGUUCCUCUACCUGAAGGAGGAGAUGCCAUCAUUGCUAGCUUGGCGGCUGCUGUUGAACCAGUAACCGAGGCUGAACCAGCUGUUACAGACGAUGGAGAGAAGAAAAAGAAGAAGAAGAGGAAGGCAGAUGAGGUUGAGGGUAGUCCAGCAACUGAUGCUGUCAAAAAGGUGAAAGUGGAUGAAACUGAGGUUGAAGCUGUAGCUGAAGAGAAAAGUGAGAAGAAAAAGAAGAAGGAUAAGAAGAACAAAGAGGGGGUUGAUAAUGGAACAUCUGAUGGUGAGAAAUCUGAGAAGAAGAAAGAAAAGAAGGAGAAGAAGAAGAAGAACAAGGAUGCUGAAGAUGAUGUAGAAUCUGCUGAGGAGAAAAGUGAGAAGAAGAAGAAAAAGAAGGACAAGAAGAAGAAGAAAGGAGAAGAGUCAGAAUGAAUAGCUUCUUUUUUGAGGUAAUCAAACGAAUCAAAAGCAUGUAUCUGGUUCUUUGUUUGUAUUAGAAUGGUGAUGAUGGGUUGUUGGAUGGGUUUUUUGUUUUGUUUUUGAUUUGUAGUCUUUGAACUUUGGUAUUUCUUUGAUAAUCUACUACUAGUUUUGCCUUA